GAAGGUUCCCUCAUCCGCUUUCAAACCCCACUUCCUUCGGCUUCUUCACCUCUAGGAAAUCUCCGGGCUUUGCUCUACGGAAAGUGCUCGCCACCGCGAUUCUCCAGCCACCGCGAUCCCUCGGUGCCGGCGUCCACAGGCAGCUCCUUGCGCUUUGCAAAGAGUCGUGAACUUCAACACCCGGCCCCUCCCAGCCCCCAGCCCCGAGAAGGAUUAUUAAUCCCGCGUGGCAGGAAAGGAAAGCCUUCCGUCCCCAACCGCGGCUCCUUGGGGACCCGGGGAUCGCCGAGGCGCUCGGAGCCGGAAGGGGACGCUUUGGGAAUGACCAUGCUCCACGGAGGGACGGAGCCGGACCCCAGCUUCUCCACACAGAGCCACCGCCACUAAAGCUACAAAAAUCCCCAAAACCAUAAUUGCCAGAAGAAUCAUUAAAAAAAACACCUUCCAGCCACUAACCUCACAUGCAUACGGAAUAAUUACUCUGGAUUCUGCAUUGUGAGCUGCCUGCUCUUCCUACCCCGAAUUGCUUCUGAAUCAAUUUUUUUCCUUUAAAUUUGCACCUCUUCACGACGCAAGAUUAAACCCAAAUUCACGCUACAUUGGAUUUUUAAUGAUCUUGCUUUCAUUGAUCCUUCCUCUUUCUGAUGUGGAUAUGCAAGCGAGAAGAGGAGACUGGUAUCCCCAACAUGCUCGCUCCCUUAAGCUGUCCGUCUAGAGGUUUGGCUGCUACAAACCAAGGGAGUCGACGAGUUGAAGAUGAAGCUCAGAACAGAGUGCUGUUCUCCCAAGUUCUGGUUGGUGUUGGCUGUCCUGGCCGUGUCCGGCACCAGAGCGCGUUCUCAGAAGAGCUCCCCCAGCAUCGGUAUUGCUGUCAUCCUCGUGGGCACGUCAGACGAGGUGGCCAUCAAGGAUGCCCACGAGAAAGAUGACUUCCACCAUCUCUCCGUGGUGCCCCGGGUGGAGCUGGUAGCCAUGAAUGAGACCGACCCAAAGAGCAUCAUCACCCGCAUCUGCGAUCUCAUGUCCGACCGGAAGAUCCAGGGCGUGGUGUUUGCUGACGACACAGACCAGGAAGCCAUCGCCCAGAUCCUUGAUUUUAUCUCAGCCCAGACGCUCACCCCCAUCCUGGGUAUCCACGGGGGCUCCUCGAUGAUCAUGGCAGAUAAGGAUGAAUCUUCCAUGUUCUUCCAGUUUGGCCCAUCAAUUGAACAGCAAGCUUCAGUAAUGCUUAACAUCAUGGAGGAAUAUGACUGGUACAUCUUUUCUAUUGUGACCACCUACUUCCCUGGCUACCAGGACUUUGUAAACAAGAUUCGCAGCACCAUCGAGAAUAGCUUCGUGGGCUGGGAGUUAGAGGAAGUUCUCCUGCUGGACAUGUCGCUGGAUGAUGGAGAUUCUAAGAUCCAGAACCAGCUUAAGAAACUCCAAAGCCCCAUCAUUCUCCUGUAUUGCACUAAGGAAGAGGCUACUUACAUCUUUGAAGUGGCUAACUCAGUAGGGCUGACCGGCUAUGGCUACACAUGGAUUGUUCCUAGUUUGGUAGCAGGGGAUACAGACACAGUGCCCUCGGAGUUCCCCAUUGGGCUGAUCUCUGUAUCAUACGACGAGUGGGACUAUGGCCUCCCCGCCAGAGUGAGAGAUGGGAUUGCCAUUAUCACCACCGCUGCUUCUGACAUGCUUUCCGAGCACAGCUUCAUCCCUGAACCCAAGAGCAGUUGUUACAACACCCACGAGAAGAGAAUCUACCAGUCCAAUAUGCUAAAUAGGUACCUGAUCAAUGUCACUUUUGAGGGGAGGAAUCUGUCCUUCAGUGAAGAUGGCUACCAGAUGCACCCGAAACUGGUGAUAAUCCUUCUGAACAAGGAGAGAAAGUGGGAGAGGGUAGGGAAGUGGAAAGACAAGUCCCUGCAGAUGAAGUACUACGUGUGGCCCCGCAUGUGUCCCGAGACAGAAGAGCAGGAGGAUGACCACCUGAGCAUCGUGACCCUGGAGGAGGCUCCAUUUGUCAUUGUCGAAAGCGUCGACCCUCUGAGUGGAACCUGCAUGAGGAAUACCGUCCCCUGCCAGAAACGCAUCGUCACCGAGAAUAAAACCGACGAAGAGCCAGGUUACAUCAAAAAAUGCUGCAAGGGAUUCUGUAUUGACAUCCUUAAGAAAAUUUCUAAAUCGGUGAAGUUCACCUAUGAUCUUUACCUGGUGACCAAUGGGAAGCAUGGGAAGAAAAUCAACGGGACCUGGAAUGGGAUGAUUGGCGAGGUGGUCAUGAAGAGGGCUUACAUGGCAGUGGGGUCGCUCACCAUCAAUGAGGAGCGGUCUGAGGUGGUCGACUUCUCCGUGCCCUUCAUAGAAACGGGCAUCAGUGUCAUGGUGUCACGAAGUAAUGGGACAGUCUCACCGUCUGCCUUUUUAGAGCCAUUUAGUGCUGACGUCUGGGUUAUGAUGUUUGUGAUGCUGCUCAUCGUCUCCGCCGUGGCUGUCUUUGUCUUUGAGUACUUCAGCCCUGUGGGGUAUAACAGGUGCCUUGCUGAUGGCAGAGAACCUGGCGGCCCAUCCUUCACCAUUGGCAAAGCAAUUUGGUUACUGUGGGGUCUGGUGUUUAACAACUCCGUGCCCGUGCAGAACCCAAAGGGGACCACCUCCAAGAUCAUGGUGUCCGUGUGGGCCUUCUUCGCUGUCAUCUUCCUGGCCAGCUACACUGCCAACUUAGCUGCCUUCAUGAUCCAAGAAGAGUACGUUGACCAGGUUUCUGGACUGAGUGACAAAAAGUUCCAGAGACCCAAUGACUUCUCGCCCCCCUUCCGCUUUGGGACUGUGCCCAAUGGCAGCACCGAGAGGAACAUCCGCAACAACUACGCAGAAAUGCAUGCGUACAUGGGGAAGUUCAACCAGCGGGGUGUUGACGACGCCUUGCUCUCCCUGAAAACAGGGAAACUGGAUGCUUUCAUCUACGAUGCAGCAGUGUUGAACUACAUGGCAGGCCGAGAUGAAGGUUGCAAGCUGGUAACCAUUGGCAGUGGGAAGGUCUUUGCUUCCACUGGCUAUGGCAUUGCCAUCCAAAAGGAUUCUGGGUGGAAACGCCAGGUGGACCUUGCUAUCUUGCAGCUCUUUGGUGAUGGGGAGAUGGAGGAGCUAGAAGCUCUCUGGCUCACUGGCAUUUGCCACAAUGAGAAGAACGAGGUUAUGAGCAGCCAGCUGGACAUUGACAACAUGGCAGGAGUGUUCUACAUGUUGGGAGCGGCCAUGGCUCUCAGCCUCAUCACCUUCAUCUGCGAGCACCUUUUCUAUUGGCAAUUCCGUCACUGCUUUAUGGGUGUCUGUUCUGGCAAGCCUGGCAUGGUCUUCUCCAUCAGCAGAGGUAUCUACAGCUGCAUCCAUGGAGUGGCCAUCGAGGAGCGCCAAUCCGUGAUGAACUCCCCCACGGCCACCAUGAACAACACUCACUCCAAUAUCCUGCGCCUCCUCCGCACGGCCAAGAACAUGGCUAACCUGUCUGGUGUGAACGGCUCCCCUCAGAGCGCCCUAGACUUCAUCCGACGCGAGUCCUCGGUCUACGACAUCUCUGAGCACCGCCGCAGCUUCACGCACUCGGACUGCAAAUCCUACAACAACCCGCCGUGCGAGGAGAACCUCUUCAGCGACUACAUCAGCGAGGUGGAGAGAACCUUUGGGAACCUCCAGCUGAAGGACAGCAACGUGUACCAAGACCACUAUCACCACCACCACCGCCCGCACAGCAUCGGCAGCACCAGCUCCAUCGACGGGCUCUACGACUGCGACAACCCGCCCUUCACCACCCAGCCGCGCGCCCUCAGCAAGAAGCCUUUGGACAUGGGCGCCCCCUCCUCCAAACACAGCCAGCUCAGCGACCUCUAUGGCAAGUUCUCCUUCAAGAACGACCGCUACGGCGGCCACGACGACCUGAUCCGCUCCGACGUCUCCGAUAUCUCCACGCACACGGUCACCUACGGCAACAUCGAGGGCAACGCCGCCAAGAGGCGCAAGCAGCAGUACAAGGACAGCCUCAAGAAGCGGCCCGCCUCGGCCAAGUCCCGGCGGGAAUUCGACGAGAUCGAGCUGGCCUACCGCCGCCGGCCGCCCAGCUCACCAGACCACAAGCGCUACUUCAGGGACAAGGAAGGGCUCCGGGACUUCUACCUGGACCAGUUCCGCCCCAAAGAGAACUCGCCCCACUGGGAGCACGUGGACCUGACCGACAUCUACAAGGAGCGCGGGGAGGACUUCAAGCGCGACUCCAGCGGCAGCGGGGCAGGGCCCUGUCCCAACAGGUCGCAUCUCAAGGGCGACAAGCACGGCGUGGUCGGCGGGGUGCCAGCGCCUUGGGAGAAGAACCUGACCAACGUGGAUUGGGAGGACCGGGCCGGGGGCAACUUCUGCCGCAGCUGCCCCUCGAAGUUGCACAACUACUCCACGAUGGUGGCGGGCCAGAACUCGAGCCGGCCGGCGUGCAUCCGGUGCGAGGCGUGCAAGAAGGCGGGCAACCUGUAUGACAUCAGCGAGGACAACUCCCUGCAGGAGCUGGACCCGCCGGCCGCGCCCGUGGCCGUGACGUCAAACGCCUCCACCACCAAGUAUCCCCAGAGCCCGACCAACUCCAAGGCCCAGAAGAAGAGCCGGAACAAACUGCGCCGGCAGCACUCCUACGACACCUUCGUGGACCUGCAGAAGGAAGAAGCCGCCUUGGCCCCACGCAGCGUGAGCCUGAAAGACAAGGGUCGGUUCGUGGAUGGGAGUCCCUACGCCCACAUGUUUGAGAUGCCAGCCGGUGAGAGCACCUUCGCCAACAGCAAGCCCUCAGUGCCCGCUGCCGGGCACCACCACAACAACCCCGGCGGUGGCUACAUGCUCAGCAAGUCGCUCUACCCCGACCGGGUCACGCAAAACCCUUUCAUCCCCACUUUUGGGGAUGACCAGUGCUUGCUUCACGGCAGCAAAUCCUACUUUUUCAGGCAGCCCUCGGUGGCGGGGGCGCCGAAAGCCCGGCCAGACUUCCGGGCCCUUGUCACCAACAAGCCGGUGGUCUCGGCCCUCCACGGGGCUGUGCCCGCCCGUUUCCAGAAGGACAUCUGUAUAGGGAACCAGUCCAACCCCUGUGUGCCUAAGAACACAAACCCCAGGGCUUUCAAUGGCUCCAGCAACGGGCAUGUUUAUGAGAAACUUUCCAGUAUCGAGUCUGAUGUCUGAGUGAGGGAAGAGAGCGGUUAAGGUGGGGAUGGGAAGGAUAGGACUGUGGAUCAUGUGGUGGGCAUGGCACGGAGGGGGCCAGGGGGUGGAUUGGUUCCCACGUGCUCUUUCUUGUUUUACUUUCCUGAUGGGAUCCUGGAGUUCUGAUGCCCACGGGGGGCAACCCUGGUGACCAACACCAUCUCCCCUCCCUUUCACGGCUCCCCUUUCCUCAUCUGUCAGCCACUCCCAUUCCUGUGAUAGGAUGUGAAAUGGGCCCUCUCCGCCUGGGAGGGUGGAGUGGAGGCAGGAAGUGACUGGAGACAGGCUCCCACCCGGCCUGGCCGGGCUCCUUGCUCCUGCUUCGAGUGAAGCGAGGAGAAGCACAGGGAGGCCACGUGAGCCCCGGAGGGGCUCUUCCCCAACCGAGCUUGACAUUUUGGCGAGGAAGCAAAACCAUCGAAGUUGAACCACGUGCUCACGGAUGAAACGGGGCUUCUGCUGAAUCCUUGUGGCCUAGAUGACCUGUCUGGGGACUGCAUGCCCAGCAGCUCUUAGAAGGCUGUGUGUGUUUCUAUAUCAGCCCAAGCAGGGGGCUCCUUAGCGGUGAACUGCAAGGUCAGGCCUUUGGUGGAGGCUUGAGUAAAUUCCUGAGGAAUCUAGAAAGGACUUCAAACUAAGAGUGGUAGGAGUGGAUGGAUGACAUGCGCAUGCGUGUCCAUGUCGAUCUGCACAGGUGUGGGGUCAGGUGCCGAUAAAAGUAUUGAUGGCAACCUUGACCAAUGGGUUUGUUUCUUUCAAUGUCCCUAAACAAUUGGUUUGUUUGGGCUGAUAUACAAACAGAGAUGGUCAUAUGUUAUCUGAACUUGGGCUCUCUGCCCUGUCACCCUUCCUGAGUGAGAAGAAAGGGGAGUUUUUAAUAAGGAAGAUUGUGGUCUAGGGGAAGGGGUGGAGCGGGGAGCAAUCCUCCAGGAGUAGAUACAAAAAUCAUCGCUCAGUGACGGUCAGUAGUUUCGGCCAUUUGGGUAAAGAAUUUUACAGGAAGGCUAAAGGGAAACAGAGCAGCCAUGAUUCUUUUGCCCACUUCGAGAGCAAAAGAUCCUGAGAAGCAAUUUUGAGCUUUGCAGACUCUCAGGCAGCUGAGGGCUGGGGAAAAGCUACGUAAGGCUCUGAAGACAGUUUUAUGGUAGGGUAAGUGAGAGAGGGGGAUGUUUUUAAUGCUUUGAUCCCUUCUUACUUUACCUGGAGCUGGGAGAGCAGACCCAUUCCCCCAGAAUUGAUUACAACGGGCAGACGGGAAUGAGGAGAUAAGAGAAACAUGAGCUGGCCUCCCACUGGUAUCUUAGGAGGCAUGUAAGGACAGGGAGACAUGGGAGGCGGCCAGGAGGGGAACAGCUUUCCUGCUGCCUUCUUGGGUGUAGCCCCCUGAGAGUGUGGCACUGAACCCUGUGUGAACUCUCCUGAAAGAGCCCUUCCACCUUCCUGCACCACCUCCCUUCCCUCUCGGACCGCACCACUCAAGAUGGAGAAAACUCUAGGAAUGAGGGUACUGGUCGAUGUAAUGCUCCCUUCACGUAAAGUUGAAAACUGGAGAAGGGAAAUAAAUAUCAGUCACUGCCUGUCCUGAAACUUGGGGUAGGAGCGUUGUCUGGGUCAGGUCCGCUGUCCUGCUAUCCUCCCCUUACACAGGGUAGCAUCCAAAGAGCCCGGGGUCUGUUUGGAAGUUUGACGGCAGGAUGGCCAUGUCCCACACAGGACACACACACCAGAAAGGUGCUCAUCCUCCUCUGGAAGGAAGCGGCCAUGUCUCUUCAAGUCUCACCCUCCAGGGCUGCUCUCUGCCUUCCUGUUUGCCCCGACCCACUACCCUCCCGCGUGCCACCCUUGACUGCUGUCCCCCACCCUCUUCCUUGAUUUGUACCUCAGUAUCUUUUGUUUUAAAGCCAACUGAAGGCCUUGUAAAGCUUUGGUUUCUUUUGAAAAUGAACCUGGGGGCAAGGGGCUGAACCUCUCACAGAUUUGGAGAGAGGAUCACAGAGUGCUUUACUGUAGAUUCAAGGACAGAUGUUGAGAGAGAGCACAGAGGGCUGGAGGCCACACCAGGAGGAAGAAGGAGAAGGGCCAUAUAAACAUUGCUUCUCCCUGACUUUGCCCACGAGUCAGGGGCUCAUCCCUCACUCUUCCUCUUACCUCACCCCUUUAAAA